AGAUACUGUCUAAAUAGAGAAACGGGGUAUUGACUGUGUGAGAUUCGUGCAUCGCAUAAGCAUUUCUUCAUAUGCACUUACCCAGUUUUCUUGGUCGUUUCAGGAAUUUCGCAAUUAUUGUGCCAAAUUUUGGAAGACUUCAGACAUUUCAUACAGCAAUUGUUGCACAAGUAAGCAAUGCCACAAAAGUAGCUCGAAAACGCAAAGAGAAGUUGAUUUUGGAGCAAGGUUUCAACAAGCAAACCAUACGCCAAAAAAAGAGGUUAAACAAUGAAUCCAGCUUACGAAAUGAAAGUUAUGUAUUAGCUCAGAAAGUUUCCAGGUUACUGAAAGGCGAGCAGCCUAAAGCUGCACUAGAUUUGAUCGUGAAAAAAUCAUUAGCCCCCAAAACCGUCGCUUACAAUCACUUGUUGGAAUAUCAUUUAAGGAAGGGCGAAUAUAACUUUGCUUGGUCUCUGUAUAACAUGAUGAAGAAGUCAAUGCAGGUGCCGAAUGAAUUUACAUACACAAUUCUGUUACAAGGAUUGUACUCUAUAUUGGUUAAUAAUGAAGCAGCCAGCAAGCGAAAGUUGUCGGAAUUAAUAAAGAAGGUAUACAAUAACUUAUAUCGAUCCAAUUCUUCGGUUACUCCAAACGCUAUUCAUAUCAAUAUACUGGCUCAAUGCUGUUUGAAACUGAAGGAUGUCGAAUUUGCAAAUGAUAUACUACUGCAACCGAAAACAAAGCUAGACUCCUCGAUUGCUUCAAAAAUUAUGUAUUUAUAUCUUGAUGUUGCCGAAAUGCAACCUAGUCAUUUCGACGAGAUGCAUAAGUUUGCUAAUGAUUUAUGGAAAUUUACAGUCUCGAAAUACAACGAAAAUGAGUUUGUAAUUCAUGAAGAUCUACUCUGUGCCUUUGCAAAAGUUUUGAGUACUGCUAAAAAUGAGAACAGCAAGUUUCUAGGCUUGAAGAUCCUACUGCAACAGGUGGACGCGCCCAUGCAGUAUCCUAUUCAAGAGCCUCAUCCCAUGUUGCCUGGUCAAUGUUGUGAAGCCACAUCUCGAUCAUUAAUCACAGUACUUUAUAUUCUCAGACAAUUGGGCGAUGUCGCUUCUGCUGAUUUCUACUGGACAUUUUAUAAAUCAAGAAUUCAGUGGCCCCCUGCGAUCCAGGCUUUCCAUGAACGUCUUCGAAUUUAUGUCGAAUCAAAACAAAUAAAUAAAAUUAUGGGAUUACUACGUGAAAUGAACGAAAUGGGCCUUUUACCUACCGCUCAAACUAUGGCAAUAGCUAUGUCUCCAUGCCUUCAACGAAAAUAUUCAAAGUUCGCUCAAAAAAUUUGGGACCUGGCUCCUCCGAAUACUGAGAAAAUAAAAUGGGUAAAAGAGUUAAUCGCUUCUUAAGGAUGGUAUAACUAAAAGUUGCGUUUACUUUGAAUAGAAUAAUAUCCAUAAAGCAGUAACCUCCACAAUAAUUCAAUUAUGAAUACUUUCUUAUUGGUUUAUAAAUUUUUCAUCAUG